UGCUUUCUCCAUCUGGUGAAAACCGCAAAGGAAAUAAGAAGCAGACCAGUAAACCCAUCACUGCAAUCAACUUCUGUUUGUUGUGGGACAAAGUUUUCAUUGUGAUUUUAUUUUUGUCGAAUUUCGAAAAUUCCGGUUCUUCUGAUACAAUACGCACAUUAGUUAUUGGGAAGGAAUCUCAACUACCAGCAUGAACGCUGUUGAACAGGCAUGCGUUCCGCACCUAGCGUUAUUUAUCAAGGAAGACGCGGUCAUCGACGGUGCCAAUGAGAUCCUGAAGACUAUCAAGCCGCAUUGGCACAUCAAAGACGUGCGGCAUAAGAUGUUUACUGAUGGUAUCACGAAUAAGCUUGUCGGAUGUUUCAAUCAACCCAAUCAAGGCGGUGUGAGCCGCGGAGACACAAGCAAGACAUUCGACCCCGAUACGGCAGUGACGGAGGAUGUUAUGCUGAUUCGCGUUUAUGGCAACAAAACGGAUCUGCUGAUCGAUCGGCGAAAAGAGACUGAAAACAUCUUGUUAAUGAACAAAUAUGGUUACGCUCCCUCCAUCUAUGCGACGUUCGACAACGGCUUGGCGUAUGAGUAUGUACCCGGGACGACACUAACCCCAACCAGUUGUCAAGAAGAGUAUAUCUGGCCCCUGGUGGCCCGUCGGAUGGCUCAAAUGCACAAAGUGCGGCCUAUUCCCUUGACGGAUGAAAGACCGGCGUUGGUGGCUAAGAUGGACCAAUUUUUAGCGUUGAUUCCGGAAUCCUUCAGCGAUGCUGCUAAAGACAAACUGGUGUGGAAGGUAUUUCCGAGGGUCAGCGAACUACGGGCAGAAUUUGGCGAUCUGUAUGCAAAGCUGCAGCGCUUGAACAGUCCUGUAGUCUUUUGCCACAAUGAUUUGCUACUAGGAAACGUGAUCUACGACAAGACACGGAGCAGAGUCACCUUCAUUGACUACGAGUAUGCGGGCCUCAAUCACCAGGCGUUCGACAUUGGUAAUCACUUCACGGAGUUUGCCGGUGUCGCAGAGAUCGAUUACUCCCGAUAUCCGUCUAAGGACUUUCAAAUGCGCUGGUUGCGUGAAUACCUGGAAGAGUUUAUCAACGGGGAAACAACGAAUACCUCGCCUAUAGUUGAAGCAGAUGUGCAGCGACUGUAUGUGCAGGUGAAUCAGUACGCUCUGGCGUCCCAUUUCCUGUGGGCUGUUUGGGCACUCAUACAAGCGGAGCAUUCAACGAUAGACUUCGAUUUCGUGCAGUUCGGCGUCAUUCGCUUUACCGAGUAUCGCCGAAAGAAGGAUGAAUUUCUAACACUAUGCGCCGACUAGAGUUUAAAAGUGUUAUGGGUGCUACAGUCACGCAUUGGCAUUACUAUUAUUCUUUGUCACUUCGUGAAUCAUCAAUAGUUUAGCUGGCCAUUCGAGCAGACAUUCCCUUAUAUCCCGACUGUGCUCAAAUCAGCUAUCCGUAUUGCAUUACUCAGUAUCAAUAUCGAAGUACAAAGAGUAAACGUAUCGCGGAAACCGUUUGAAGCUGGCAAAACGUUUUAUUACUGUAAGUUAUUACUUAUCAAUCAUUCAUCACAUCAUUACUUAACGAAUGCUAAACUAGGCAUUCCUAUAGACAUGCCGGGCAGCGCCGUUAACAUCAGUCUUUUAUAAUAUUGGUUCAAACGGGUUAUCUUGCUAUAAACUAGGAGCAACGAAAUAUAUGAUUAUAUCUGU